AUGCACAGGUUCCGAUCAUCCAAAGGCCCUGCAAGUGUUGAAGCUACCUCGAAUGCCAAAGUCCGACAAUCGUUCAAAAUGAGAACCACUAUCAUCCUCGCCGUGCUCUCCGCCCUGGUCGGCGCUCAGUCUCCCGCUGAUUUCCCUCCCUGCUCAGCCGAGUGUCUCGACUAUGCCAUGUUAGACGUAGGCUGCGCCAGCGACGCGAUCGAAUGUGGAUGCGAAUGCUACCAAGACAUCAAUGGCUAUAUUACGGCUUGCCUUGAGCACCAAUGUACGCCCGCCGAAGAUGAACAAUUCCGCAAUCUGGCAGUGGCCAUUUGCGCACACGCCGGCAUACCAAUUGAACGCCCGGAAUCGCACGAGCUAUAUACUAUGGGGCUGCACGAUGUCAGCGAUGACGGCGACAACAUCAUCACCGCAUAUACUCUAGUCACAGAGGUCGCGAGCCCCAUCGAAGAACCCACUGAGACGCCUUACAUCGACAUGAUGUUGGUGCCCCAGUCAGAGGUUACCGGCGUCCCCAACGGCGUCCCAGAUUCUUCUUUGCCCUCCACUAGCUAUUCCACCAUAGUUUUCAGUGGCUCUUCGACAGAACUAUCGUGGGGUACUAGCACAGGGACGCUGGAAAUGUCAAUCGAGGUGACAAGUGAGGUGGUACCUUAUCCCACUCCCAUCCCCGUUUAUGCGACAACGAGUGGGAACACGACAACGAUUGGGAAUAGCAACAUUUUAUCCUCAUCGCCAAUUCUUCCCACCCUCACUGGUGCUGCAGCCAUGGGAAUGAGAGCAGAUGGCGCCAUCGCCGCCUGUAUUGUUGGGCUUCUGGGCUUUGUCGUGUAA